GUAAUGCAGCCUGCAACACCUUCGGAUGGGAGGAAGUGCGAUGCCACCAGAGAAAUUCCAAGGGAGUUUCAGCCCUCACCAGUGGGAGCUCACUUCCUUUCUGUGACCUGUAUAUAAAACUGGAAGCCUCUUGGCUUGAGACUGACUCCUAGGAGACCAAAAGCAGCAGCCUUUCCUGAACUCAGCUCCUGUUGUCUUCAGAUUCUGGCACAAGAUGAAAGUGUCUGGCCUUCCCAUCUGCCUUCUCUCUGCUGUGUUUUACCUCUUCUGGACACCUUCUGCUGGGCUGAAGACACUCCACUUGGGAAGUUGUGUGAUCACCACAAACCUUCAGGAAAUGCGAAACAGGUUUUCUGAGAUACGGGACAGUGUGCAAGCCAAAGAUGAGAUCAUUGACAUCAGAAUUUUGAGGAAGACUGAGUCUUUGCAAGACACAAAGCCUGCAGAUAGGUGCUGCCUCCUCCGCCAUGUCCUGAGACUCUACCUGGACAGGGUAUUCAAAAACUAUCAGACUCCUGACCACCAUAUCCUCCGGAAGACCAGCAGUCUUGCCAACUCUUUUCUUACCAUCAAGAAGGACCUCCGGCUCUGUCAUGCCCAUAUGACAUGCCCUUGUGGGGAGGAAGCAAUGGAGAAAUACAGCCAGAUUCUGAGUCACUUUGAAGAGCUUACGCCUCAGGCAGCGGUGGUGAAAGCUUUGGGAGAGCUGGACAUUCUCCUGCAAUGGAUGGAGAUGACUGACUAGGAGGAGAGUGAUGACCCCACCGGCAGUAGUGCUGGCCAAGAGUCCUGGUCCUCAGUACCCGCGAAGGCAUGACCCUAAGCCACCAUCUCACUGUCAUACAAUUUAGUGCUGGCCACUGUGUAUAUUAUUUAUUUAUUUAUUUAUUUACUACCUUAUUAUGGUUGUCCCCAUGAGUUCCCACUCUUAAUUUAGACCAUGGUUUUAUAAGAUUUUGAUAAUAUCUUUUCCACUGUUGGGUAUAUUUAUAAGUUAAUGUAUUUAUUUAUUUUUGCUAUUUAACUUAUUUAUUUUUGUAUGUGAGGAUAAGAUUAAAGAAUUCAUGGAUUAUAUUUAUAGCCCGACUAUAAGUUUUUGUAUAGUAAACAAAUCCUCUAAAUUCUAGAGGAGUGGCCAGAGGUGUUAUUCAUUCUUUAUUAAAUUAAGGAUAUGUUUACUGACUGCUAAGACUCUGUGAGAUACUUAAAAGUGAACUAAUGGCUACUAAGUGUGGGUUGUAGAAGAAAUUCUGAUGUCAAAUCAUAGACUUGAGUCACAAUUACUGACCAUCCCCACUCACUUCUCUGACCCAUACUUGCUAUGGAAUCUUGUAUGGCAAAAAUAUACUUCUACAAAUAAAGUUUUCUUUGCCUAA